AUGUCUUAUCUCACUGACUAUAUAUUUGUGCCGCUGGAAAUUGCACAAUUAGUGUCGACUUUACUAACAUGUCGGCGCAUUAGGCUACGAAAAUCUCAUCUAGGCGUGCUGCUUGAUCUUGCAAUAUAUACAUUUGUCUCGUGUUUAGCCAAAACAGUAGCUAGUCUAUUGUAUCUGCUGCAAUUGGCUCAGGAGCAAUAUGUAGCCAGAUAUCCGCUAUACUACAGUAUGCCUUUGCUGUUUUUGGUGUCAUUGAUUGGCAUUGGAAGUCUUUUCUAUAGCACUAUGCUUCUACAUCAAAUGCUAAUUUGGCGGAACAAAGAGACGGAGUGGAGUCUCGUUUGUAGAACAACAUUGAUAGGUCUAUUCGGGACUCUAGCCUAUGUUCUCUUUUUGUAUUUCCACCGGAUGGCCACGAUCAAUUUGCUUGAUAUCGCCGAUUACUUGAGCUUUGUCUCUGCAUUGACCUGGGCCUGCAGAAUUAUCCCACAGGUGUCCGUGAACUGGUUUUACGACACUUUUAAUGUUCUUCAUAAGUACUUCUUGCAUCUCGAAAUUCUGGGAUGUUUGUGGGUCCUUGCGUCGUACUGGUUACUGGGAAGAACUGGCUUGAGGUGGUAUAAAAUGCCAUUGAAUGCUCCUCUGAAGUUUCUGGCCAUGGUAAAUUUAUCAGCCUGUAUUUUAUUGGUGAUUGAAAAGAAGAUGUAUCCGUCUCGCUCUUUGGCGUAUCAUGCCAUUCCAAAGCAAGAGGAUCAAUGUUGA